GCCAGCACCGCCCCCCACCGCUCGGCUCCGCCCCGGAAGCGUUCCUAGGUGACGGCUGCCCCGGGCCGGCAGUGCUGCGGGGGCUGGUGGCUGCAGGGAAGUGGCGCUGCUAUGGAGCACAUCCGCACCACCAAGGUUGAGCAAGUGAGAUUACUGGAUAGGUUUAGCACAAGCAAUAAGUCACUGACGGGAACUCUAUACCUUACAGCAACUCAUCUGUUAUUCAUAGAUUCAAGCCAGAGAGAGACAUGGAUAUUGCAUCAUCACAUUGCUGUAGUGGAAAAACUUCCCUUGACUACUUCUGGCUGCCCUCUUGUCAUCCAGUGCAAGAACUUCAGGAUAGUUCACUUUGUUGUUCCCAGGGAGAGAGACUGUCAUGACAUUUAUAACUCUUUGCUUCAGCUGUCAAGAACAGCAAAAUAUGAAGACCUGUAUGCCUUCUCUUAUAAUCCAAAACAAAAUGAAUCUGAGCAAGUCAAGGGCUGGCAGCUUAUUGAUCUAGCAGAAGAAUAUAAGAGAAUGGGAGUGCCAAACGCAAACUGGCAGUUGUCUGAUGCAAAUCGUGAUUAUAAGAUUUGUGAAACCUAUCCCAGAGAACUUUAUGUUCCCAGAACUGCAAGCAAGCCCAUAAUUGUUGGUAGCUCCAAGUUCAGAAGCAAGGGAAGGUUCCCAGUUUUGUCAUAUUAUCAUAAAAAUAAAGAGGCUGCAAUUUGCAGAUGCAGUCAACCUCUCUCAGGUUUCAGUGCCAGGUGCCUGGAAGAUGAACACAUGUUGCAAGCCAUCAGUAAAGCAAAUCCUUCAAAUCGCUACAUGUACGUCAUGGACACCAGACCAAAGCUUAAUGCAAUGGCAAACAGAGCUGCUGGGAAGGGCUAUGAGAAUGAAGACAACUACUCUAACAUUAGGUUCCAGUUUGUUGGCAUUGAAAAUAUUCAUGUAAUGAGAUCCAGCUUACAGAAACUUUUGGAAGUCAGUGGCACAAAGGGUUUGUCAGUCAAUGACUUUUUGUCUGGUUUGGAAAGUUCUGGAUGGCUGCGUCACAUCAAAGCUGUGUUGGAUGCUGCUGUCUUCCUAGUCAAGGCAAUAGCAGUUGAGAGCGCAAGUGUAUUAGUGCACUGCUCAGAUGGCUGGGACAGGACUUCCCAAGUUUGUUCUCUUGGAGCUCUCUUGCUAGAUUCCUAUUACAGAACAAUCAAAGGAUUCAUGGUCUUGAUAGAGAAAGACUGGAUUUCUUUUGGGCACAAGUUCUCUGACAGGUGUUCUCAGCUGGACGGUGAUCCAAAAGAGAUCUCCCCAGUGUUCACCCAGUUUUUAGAAAGUGUGUGGAAUCUGACUGAGCAGUUUCCACAAGCCUUUGAGUACAAUGAAGCUUUCCUCCUUCAGAUCCAUGAGCAUGUCCAUUCAUGUCAGUUUGGCAACUUCAUUGGAAACUGCCAAAAAGAGAGAGAAGAACUAAAAUUAAAGGAGAAGACGUAUUCCUUGUGGCCAGUCCUUCUGGAAGAACAGAAGAAAUAUCGGAAUCCUCUGUAUAAUCCAGACUUUUCUCCAGAACUAACUCUUUUGGAGCCAAAUACAGUAUCAUUCAAUUUUAAGUUUUGGAGAAACAUGUACCAUCAGUUUGAUCGAAGUAUGCAUCCCAGGCAAUCUGUGUUCAAUCUUAUAGUGAAUAUGAGUGAACAGAAUAAACAACUGGAAGAAGACAUUAAAGAACUGGAAGCUAAAAUAAAGCAGAGAAAUGGGCAGCCAGAUGCAGUCCUUGUGAAGGAACAUCAGCAGCCUGCUCAUCCUGCACCCACGGCACUGAAGACCCCGCCAUGCUUCAAGAAGGAGCAGCCACUGAUCCCUGUGAAUGAUACUGUAAGAACUAUAGAGGGCAGCAACACAGCAGACAAUCGCUACAGUGAAUUCGUGUCAGAGUUCUCAAAAGCUGAGCCUGCUGUUGUCAGCUUGGAGUAUGGCGUGGCCAGAAUGACUUGCUAAUUAAAAUCCAGCACUGUGCUCCUCUUCUUAGACUGUUUGAAUUAAGAGAUGGAUUAUUUUGAGGAUGGGUCUCUGCUGCAUGACCAAAACAUGAUUUGUAUAUCAGCAAGUUUUGUUAACAUAGACUAGAGCAACAUGCCAGUUGUCCCAUGUUUGCUGUUCUUUUCAGGAAAAAAUGUGUAGCUCUUUUUUUAAGAGAUGGGGGCAAUCGGUAAGUAGUGACUAAAAAUCCAGGAAUGGUAUGUCUUUGGACUUAAGUCAGUUUGCACUAAAUUCAUUAAAAUAGUAAUAUUACUUUAUUCAAUAUAGGAAAACACAGGUGGUCUUUCACAAAUUGAUUUUAUUUGGGCAAGUAAACUUGAACUUUCUAUUUUAGGAACUGAAGCUGCAUGUAUAUAUCAUGUAUAACAUAAGUAUGUAUACCCUUGUUUAAUGUCUCCCAGUACUAACAUUCAGCGUAUUAAGUGCCAUGGGAAAGCGUGGUAUAUUUCAAAUCGUAAAUAGUUGGCCUUAAAACUGUCAAAUCAAUGAUAUUGUCCUUUACUACUGCAGUCUACAUGGCUCUGUUUACAUUGUAUUUGCUUAAAUUAUUUCCUUAAAACAGGACUGAAUAUAAGGAAUGAAGUAUGCCUAACCUGGCGCUGCCUUUCAGCAAAUAGCUUUAUGAAUGUUAUCACCGAAGACUGUUCUUUCUUCCAUUUCCUCUGGUAUUUAAAAUGUAGUAAAUUGGCCUGAUUUUCCUCUCUGGCAGCUCAGUAGAUUAAGCAUCACUGAAGCUACAGGUUUUCUGAUCUUAAAUGUCUUGAUUUGUGGCAAGGUAUUUAAGUGUAGAAUGAAAAGAUUAAAACAUAUCAUGUAAGAAAACAAAAUUUAGCCAAUAACUGAAUAGUCACGUUCAUUCAGAUUGUUUAUUUGCUGUGCAGUUGUUUGAAGUUGCAAGAAUGGAAGCAGAAGUUUUGGAAGUGUAGUGUGCUGACACUGUUCCCAAGUAAAAAAGUAAUUCACGUGUCUGAAGCUUAUGGAAAACCGAGUGCCUCCUAAAUCAUUAGUUUUAGUUAUUAGUGAAACCCUGUUCUCAUCUUGCAAAAAUGUGUCCAACCUGUACAUGUAUAAAGUAAUUUCAGUGCAAUCUAGAGCUGUUUAUGUAGUUAGAGAGAGGACAAAAUCCUCUAGUAAGAUGCAGUAGAGAUCAUGAGACAUAAGAGGAAAGAAACAAAAGGAAACUGAGUUUGUAAGUUUAAUUGUGCAUCUGUAAGCUUCUAGUAAGGGAAGAGGGUUUUGCUGAGGUUUGUCUCACAGAUUUGCUGAGCAGAUUGCUGAUGCCCAGCUCUUAGAGGUGUAAGUUACAAGUUUGGGUAUUACAAUCCCUGAAUGUGACUUUUUGUGACAACUGAAAAUGAGUCUAUUCUCAUCGUAGUCCCUGAAGUCUGUUUGGUUAAAAUUACUGGUGUGCCACACACAGGUUGAUGUAAUGGGCAGCAGUGUUUCCCUCUGCACCAUAUUGGAUCCAGGACUCAUAACAAGGCCAGUAUAGGUCAUGAUCAAGUUGCACUUGUGAAGCUGUCUGGGAGAAAUUAACUGUGACUCCUGUAUUUGACAAUUAAUUCACCCUUUUCACUAAUUUGUUUUUUAAAAGCCUCUAAGUGUAAAUAAAUGCUCUAAGUAAUUUUAUUCCCAAAUAUAUGAGCAUAGUGUCAUCUUUAAAAUACAUUAUUCAGUCAUUUGAACACAUUUAGAAUUUCUCCACUACAGGUUUUGAUACUUUCACAUUUGCACAGUGGUGCCUUACAGGUUUGCAGCAAGAGCGGUUUUUGUGCCUUGUUAUUUGUUGUCUCGGCUUCUCCCUCGCCUUCUGUACCAACUUGGUUCUGUGGUUUUCCUUUGGAAAAACAUAUAUGCAGCUUGUAUCACAGUAGUGAAACAAGUUUAUUGCUGACAAUAUAGGUAAGUUAUCAAUUUAUACUUGUUUUAAUAUUUAGCUGCUCUGGUGUGCCAUGUACACUUUUCAUAUUUAUUGUUUAUAGACUCCAAAGAUUAUAUUAAGCUUUUUUGCAAAUAUUGUUGUAUGUUGUUUUUACUUUAACUGAGUGCCCCUGUAUAUAAGGCAUUUGAAGAGAAGAUCUGUUCCCUUUCAGUAUUGUUAAAGUGAGUUUAUUUCAGUCUUCAGGCUUUUUUUUAUUGGCAGAGUUCACUGCUUGGCAAAAGGACUUGAGAUGUUUUUGUAUGUUAAAUCAAGGUAUGUUAGGCCAGCUUGAGAAUCCUAUAGAACUAUCUGAAGAACCUGUUUCUUCACCAAAAAAUACAAUACUUCCUGAUCUAAAGUAAAUAUUUAGUUAAUGUGAAUUGAGCUUUAUAAGGUCAUUUUGUGGAGCAGCCUUCCUGUAAGGCCCAGAUAGCUCUGCCAACUCAGACCCCAGGGUCACAAGUGAGAAAAAUUCCUGUAGAGAGGCAGCUGUCUCUUCUCAUUUGCUAUUUAGGCUUAAGCCAAUGCUACCUAAAGCAUGUGGGAUCUGUGGUGAAGUAAAUAGAUGGUAGCGAAGUGAGCUCCAACAGAAAACUUGGCAGGAUGGCUGGGACUCAGCACAGUGGGGCUGUUCUGUGUCCUUCAGAAAGGUUUAAAGAACAUCAAGCAAGCUGACUAAAAGAAACAGUGGCAGAAGCUUCCUGGGAGCAGAAUAAAAUUUAAUUUCAGUUUGUCUUCUUCAUGAACAUGCUGCUCCGAGAGCAGUUACAGUACUGAAAGGUGCCUGGUACAGAUCAAAUAACACGCAGAACUGUUUCAUGCUGUGGCAGUAACGUGUGGUUACACUCACCAGUUGCUUGGGAAUAUAAUGUCCCAGAUAGGAAGUUGCUGUAUUUGGUUCUGUGCCAUCAGUUGUGCAACUUUGGCACCUGUCGAUUCAGUACUUCGUCUUGAGAAGGUCUUAGUGUUAAGUCUGUGUGUUUCUGUGUUUGGUCCUGUGCUUGAUCUUUUUCCUAAUCUGAAUGCUAUAGCAAAUAAGUAAUUCCUUUUGGUUAACCAAGCUGAUAGUCUCAGUUGAGGAGCAAAAACUGAUUUUACUUUAUACUCCCAGCAAUUUAAAAUAUUUAUUUCACUAGUACCGGAAGAGUGGGGCUUGGGUUUUGGGAGGCUUGCUAUAGUCAUAAUGUAUUCCUCAAUACAAGUUUAAAUAUCCAACUGUUCUGUUUUGUAGGACAACUGCCAAAUCAACAGACUAAGAAAUUAAUUAAGCAACACUGAACUGAGCCUGGUCAUUUUCCACACAUGUCCAAUUACUGGUGACCUAAAUCUAGGCCUGAAGUCUGGAGAGUCCAUUUAGAGAAUUGGAAUAGCAGUCCCUCCAUAAAAAUGCACAUCCCUAUGUGGAACAAAUACCGUAAUAAAAUGGUUUUUUAGAGAAAAAGUUAUACCAGAUCAAACUGUGACAGUUUGAUGUGUCUCUUCCCAAGGACAAGCACACUGGGGAAUGCCUUGCUGGGGAAGGUGAUGUGUUCUUCCUGUGUAGCUGCUGUUCUCAUAAAGCCUUUUGAUGAAGUAGCGUAUCAGCAAAUCUAUGAGAACUUGCUACUCGCGUUCUGGUAAACCAAGCACAUAACUGGUUACACAGUUGAGCUGAAGAGGGGCUGGGGUAGCUCAGCUCAACUACUAUCCUCUUAGUAGUAAGAGUAGUAACUGAUAGAAUGAAAUUUGAUAUUAAAAUAGCACAGGGCACAUGCUAUCAACAUCUGUUUUUUAGAGGCUUGCCCUGUUCUUGAGCAAGUGUGGCUAGCACAAGGGCUUUGCAUAAGUAUGACAAUUCCUUUCUAGUUAGUUUAAAGAUAAUCUGAUUUUUGAACUAGAUCAUACCUCCACAGUGGUAAUUUAUAGAUCUGUAGGUCAGAACGUAAAGGUUGCUCUUACCACUUGUUUAGUUGCUAAUGGUUCUAAACUUGUAGCUGGUAGUAGGCUAAGUAUACUGGUCGUGAAACCUAUAAUAACUUUUAGGAUUAGAUGUUUAGAUUAGACUAAAGUCUGCUUUGACUUGCUUUCACUACUUAUGCCACACUUUUCUCCAAGUGCUGCUUAUAUUGUGGUAUUUGAUAUGUCAGCUGUAACACGCUUCUUAAUGCUUUGGAUGUUUUAAAAGCCUGGAAGUACUGAAUCUUCAUUCUGAAGGCUUGGGUCAGCCUUAGUGAGCAGUGUGGGUGAGCUCAUUUGAUCUAGCUAGUUUGACCUGCCUACAUGUUAAAUAGCAUUGAAAAUCAGCAUGGCAUCAUAAUUCAGUGGAGCAACUUCUGUAUGUGCAAUAGGCUUAAGGAAAAGGAUGUAGUUGGGAACCCUUGUCACAGCAUGUAGCAAGAAACAGGACCCUGCUGGGGUAUGACUCAUGGAAGAUAGAGCAGUUUUGAUGUCCACCAGCAGCUUGGGGACUGAAGUUAGAAGGUCAGAGGCGUGCUGCUUCUGAGAUCAGUUUCCAGGUCCCAGAGAAUUCAAUGACCUGGUCUGUUAAGCACCUGUGGCUGAGCAAAUCUGCAUUGGCAUCAAGCGCCAGAAGUUAUAUAUAUAUAUGGUCUGUGUUUCUUAAUCUACUGACUUCAAGUAAUACAUGUCCUGGUGGUGACUUGGAAAUUGGGGUGCAAUAUUUUGUUUGUUCUUGUUUAUAGCUUAGCUUCUGAGGUCAGUUGUAUAGUGUUUAUAAUUAAGUGGGAUUAAAUUUAAUGACACUAUAAAAGUGCUUCUCCUCUUAAUGACAGGUUGGCAUGUGCAUAUACUGUGCUUUGUAUCUCUGCAUAUAUUUCUACUGAAUGCUUUUCUUGCAGUCUAGGCAGCCUUGGUGAAGUCUCAUGCUGCCCCACAUUGGCAUUCCUCAUUACCAAGCAUUACAGGUUGGUUUCUUUGCUCUGUCUUACUGUCACUCUUCACUCUUACGGUUUAUCUUUAUGGCUGUCUGUUGGCAGUGUUCUUUGGCAAACAUCUUUCCAGCAAAGAAAAUGAGUUUGUUGUUUUUCUGUGUCUCAGGGAUUUUUUUACCCCUGAAUUAGUGAACUUGAAAAAUAAAGCUUAAUCUCCCUUUAGGGGCUACUGAGUGCCUGUUGACUUCCACAGUCAGUUUACUUACGCAUUGUAACUUCAGACCUGGCUAUUAAAAACAAUAAAAUUCAAAUGUUGGAUGUAGCAAAGAGAAAGAAAACUGUUUUCAUUGUAAUGUAUCUGGAAAGACUGGCUGUUUCACUAACAUUUAUUGCUCCAUGUUGUAAUGUUCUCUGUAAUAAAGUUACUUACCUGUGUGCUGGGAUCACGCUUCAUGGAUAUUCCUGAAGAAACUUCAGCAAAUGGAAUUUUGUAAUAAGUAUUUUAUUUGUAUGUGUUUUGAAAAUCCAUACAGCUUGAAAUAAAAUGAUCUUAAUAUUGCCAAUCUA